UAUCCCACUGCACUCUCUCAGUGAAACUCUUAGAGGACCGUUCCUCACCGUCUCUAACCCUUCACUAACGGAAACACCAUGAGGAUUUUUCUAUUGGUUCUCGCAACGUGUCUGCUGGCUCUAACGGAAUCAGCUCGACCUUCCAUUCGGCCUCGAGUGAGAGAACCACAAGUGUAUUACGAAGAAGACAAUCAAGCAGCUGAAGAUGAUUUCGAGACGGUCUAUCAGCCUAGAACACGUGCAUUACCAUCGGCACGCUCGAAGGAGGCUUUGCAACCAUCCAAAGCACCACCCGUCCAAACUAUAAGAAAUUACAACAAAGUCAACGACGAUGGAUCUUUCACGUUUGGUUACGAAGCAGCUGAUGGUUCUUUCAAGGAAGAAACCAGAGGAACGGAUUGCGUAGUAAGAGGAAAAUAUGGUUACGUUGAUCCUGAUGGUAACAAAAGAGAAUUCACCUACGUUUCCGGUAAUCCUUGCGACCCUAACGCACCUAAAGAAGAAGAUGACGAUCUACCGGAUAAACAAGAAGACGAUGAUCUCUCCGGUCCAGCGAAUUAUCCAUCAGUCAGACCAGUAGCGAUCAGACCGAUAAGGCCGAAUUAUCAAUCGAGUACUACCCGUGCCCCAACGACCCUUUUCCAAACUCAAUACCAACUUGAUGACGAGGCUAGUCAAGAAUUAGAAGAAGAAGUUCAGAAACCAGUCCAACUUCGACCUACGUCUUUCAGAAAGCCUCAACAAUCCUACGUACAAGUUUCACCAUCGACUGCCCUUUACGAACCUACGCCAACCAGUCCACCACAAUAUUACAGACUGGCGUCCACCUCAAAUGUACAAUAUCAAACGACUGCUGCACCUUCGGAAAGAACCCCGUCCACGGUAUCGCCGUUAGCUUAUCAAUCGCUCGAGACGAGUACUCGCAAACCAGUAACCCGUCACCAAGUUCGUCCACAAUCGGUUGCCAUUACGCCCAGGCCCCAUAUCGCCCAAGUAGCCGCUCAGUAUGUUUCCCCAAGUAGCACUGAAAGAUCCAUUCCAUACAGCACGCAAUCACGGCCCAACCCGAGCACCUCGAAUCAUCUUCGCACCAGCACCGGCCCCUCCAGCUCAGCCCACCUCGAUUUUGCCGCGGAAUUAGAGCGUUACGUUAACACCGUCGGUGUUCCCUCCAAAUCCGCCCAACAAGCUGCACUUGCACCCUCGAGAGCGAAGCUAGGUCAAACUACGGUCACCACGGUCCCCGCGGAGCCCAUCUAUCAGUCGGAACUGAUUUACGAUCCCGCAACUGGUCAGUACAAUACCCAACUUUAUCAGACCUUACCCCAAACCGUUGGGGAUUUUAGCAUCAGUCACAAACUCCAACCAUUCGUAGCCCAGCCCCACCAGUCCCUACUCGGCCUCCAGCAGCUGCAACAGAUCCAGCAACAUCAACAACAACCUCAGCAGCAGCAACAACCCCAACGUCAGUCGGCCAUUUACAAACAUCUCCCUCAGGCUGUACAAUCUGCUUCCAUCUCGGCUGUGUCCGUUGCCCAACCCCAGGAACUACUCUAUAGGAAACAACAGACCCAGUUGCUUAUGCAGUCCCAGAAUCUUUAUGCCCAGCAGCAACGUCGCCAACAACAACAGCAACAACAACAGCAACAGCAAUCGCAACAACAACAUCAACAACAACCGCAGAGACUUCAAUUGUUGGAAUCCCAGAGAGACCCCCAAGCGUUUUAUUACGUUGCACCGUCAAGAUCAUCCGGUGUGGCUGCGAGUGCACCACUUACUGCGAGUCAAAUCGAUCAAUACCUUCGUUCAGCCAGUUCUGCCAAUAACUAUUGAUCAGAACGAGAUAAUCUCUGAGCGUUUCGUAUUUUUUUUAUAUAUCAACAAUUUAUCUUCAGGGUUUUUCAGAAUGCUAUCGAAUGCAACACGAUAAAUCUUAAUUGCGAAUCUACUCUAGAAAGUUAUUCGUUCUCGUUACACGUCUGUUAAAUCGAUGAUACAGAAAAAGGGACGACUAUAGUACAGCGAUUAGUAUAUACCCAUACAUAUAUACUAUAUUUAUAUACUUUCUCGAAACUCGAACGUUGCACCGAUCCUUUUCAGAAAUUUGCAAAAAAAAAAGAAACAUACAAAAUU